AUGUUCAUUUUCCAAAGUCCAAACAAACAAGUCAUAAGAAAUGAUCUUCAGCAGAAAGAUCACCUCAAAUCUAGACACAUGUAGAGAGAGAGUUGAGAGAGAUGCCUUUCAACAGCGUGUUGUUAAUUUCAACGGCGACCAGAUCGGCGGAGGUGUGGCAGCAGCUGGCGUGUUUGCCGGAGCGGAUUAGCAGCGAUGAGAUGGUCGAUUUGGUGGUGUGUUUCCCUCUGCAGCAGCUCGGGCGCUGGGCUCUCUACGUCUGGACCUACCUCUGCGUCUCUCCCUACCCCCACCGCCACCACUACGAGGCUUCCUACACCAGCGACGAUGAUUCCGAUUACGAUGACGCCGACGCCGCCGGACCCUCUUCUUCCGGAAAUCACGACUAUCACUACUGCCUUUACUGCAACAACCAAAACACUGCCGAGAUCAGUUAUGUCAUGCUCUUUCUAUCUGCAGGCCAGCGUGUGUGUCUUGAACGAGCUGGGAACGACAGAUGCUAAGGCAGAAAACAAACUUCCCCAUUAGUCUACUGUGUUGGGAGAAAGCCAGCUUCAACUUGUGUGGUAGAGUCCGUAUCAUCAAAUUUAUGUUUCCAAGACUUGUGAAAGAAAACAUAAAAUGAACUUGCAAAUCUACCAAGGUCAACUGGCCUGAGACACAUUCACACGUGGACCUCUGGCCACCGGCUCGAGUCAAAGCAAGCCGGAGCCGAGGGUGGUACGAGGGGAGCAUAAAAAUUGAACAACGGGCAUUCUUCGCCUUGCAUUGAAGAAUAAGGUGUCUACACUGUCGGAUGUCCUUAGUCAUCGAAAUGAAGUCGAGCAUUGUGGAGCGCAUAUCCCACAAUGCACUAUUAUUUUUGGCACCUCAUGAAGAGGUAGCCAAAUGCCUUUAAAACGAGCAUAUUGCUCCACACCAUUUCCAAUAUUGUCAAUAUAUAUAUUUUUCAUUCAUUAAUGUUUUAGCUAUUUUUCAAGUGUGUUAAAAAUAUAAAGUUUUUAGCUUUUUGAUGUCUUUUGCUCUUCAUGUAUUUGUUUGAAAUAUAUAAUUUUUAUAUCUCAAAUAAAAGAAAUUUUAAGACA